AUGCCGGACAAGGAAGACUCCCAGGUCGAGCACAUUGAAGUCGCGACGUCUAGUCCGGCAGCGACAACGGCCACAGCAACAACAGAAGCCGCAGCAGCAGCACCGACAAUAAGCGGGCCAGAUGCGCAACCGCAAGAUGGUAUCCCUGGCGAGGAGAGGAUCAUGCGACCGCGCGCCCGAACAGAGACCAACACUGCCGAAAUAGACAGCACCAUUGUUCGACCCGGCUCAGUGCGCAUCAAUGUCAAGGGCGCCUUCAUAGUAGACACUCCCGAGGGGUCCCCGACCAGCAACGGCGCCGCUGCGCCCGCCGGCAGUACCGCUCACGAGACCAAGGACAUUCGCUUGCCGAACCACACGGCCGUGGUCAGUCAUAUAGCUGUGGAUAUCGGAGGCUCGUUGGCCAAGCUCGUAUACUUUUCCCGCGAAGCGCACUCGAGAGAACCCGGUGGCCGUCUCAACUUUAUGAACUUUGAGACGGACCGUAUCGACGACUGCAUCGAGUUUAUGAAACACCUCCAAGACAAGCAAUUGGCCCUCAAUGGGUCGCGGUCCGGAGAUUUGUGUGUCAUGGCCACCGGUGGGGGCGCAUACAAGUUCUACGAGAAGAUCAGGGAAAGGCUCGGUGUAGAUGUGGUGCGCGAGGACGAGAUGGAGUGUCUAAUCAUUGGCCUCGACUUCUUCAUAACCGAGAUACCACGCGAGGUCUUUACCUAUUCCGAAACCGACCCAAUGCACUUUAAGGAGCCAGAAGAGAACAUAUACCCCUACAUGCUGGUAAACAUUGGCUCUGGCGUAAGCAUGCUCAAGGUUUCCGGGCCGAGGACAUACGAAAGAGUCGGGGGCACUUCGCUUGGGGGAGGCACACUCUGGGGCCUGCUAUCAUUACUCACACCAGCCGAGUCAUUUGACGAGAUGCUAGAAAUGGCCGCUCAAGGGGACAAUGCAAAGGUGGAUAUGCUCGUAGGCGACAUUUACGGCACCGACUAUGGCAAGAUUGGCCUCAAGAGCACCACCAUUGCUUCAUCCUUUGGCAAAGUAUUCAAGAUGAAGCGCGAAGCCGAAUCGGAAGCCGAGGACAGCGGCGGCCUGUCCAACGGCGACGAUGACCACCACCACCGGCGUUCCUCGCAACAACAACAGCAAAACAACGGCGACGACGCCCCCUCAUCGUCGGCCGCGGCGGCAACGUCAUCAGUCAAGGCCCGCUUCUCGGCGGCCGACGUCUCGAGGUCGCUCCUCUACGCCGUAUCCAACAACAUCGGCCAGAUCGCCUACCUGCAGUCGCAGAUCCACAACCUGUCGCACAUAUACUUUGGAGGCUCCUUCAUCCGUGGGCACCCGCAGACCAUGAACACCCUGAGCUACGCAAUCAAGUUUUGGAGCAAAGGCGCCAAGCAGGCCUACUUUCUCCGGCACGAGGGCUACCUGGGCUCCGUCGGCGCCUUCUUGAAGCGGCAACCACGGAAUUGGGGGCGGAGGGGCAGUUUUGAAGAGGCCGCCGGCAUCGAAGCCAGGAUGAAGCUGAGGGCGGAAGGGCAAGAUAUGCAAAGAGUCGAUGAUGCAAUCUCGUAG